GCGGUUUUGGUGCAAUGCGAAUUAUCUUCAGUCAUUCAGUCAGGAGGGGCAGCGCCAGGCAGCAGAGCAGCGGCGGGGCUGCCUCCUCCUUCUUCUUCCUCCUCCUCCUCUUCCUUCUUCUUCUUCUCCUCCUCCUCCUCCCAUUGCCAUAACAACCGCGCACAGCCGCUGCGCCCGCGGUACCGGCGGGGCCGCUCCGCGCCGCUCAGCACCGCUCCGCGCCCGGCAGGCUGAGCAUCCCCCGGGGCCCCGCACGGGGGGUGGGGAAGAGAAACAGUGACCUCCCUCCCCCCAAAAAAGAAAGAAAACCCCCCAAAAAGGGACUUUUUCGCGGGGUGGGUCUAUCAGGGACCAAAGUGACCCCGAGACAGGCUGCGCGCAGCUGCUGCGCAGGGUGCGGAAAGAGGGAGGGACGGGGGAACCCCGCGAGUGACUCCGCGGGGCGGCGCGGAGGAGGGGAAAGGGGGGAUAGAGGAGGGGGGGGACAGAGAAAGUUGGUAGGAAAUAGCCCAGGAAAAGUGGCACUCGCAGAGCCCGCCGGAGCGCGGAGGAAAUAAAAGCGGCGGCAGGCAGGAAGUGUGAGGAGGAGGAGGAAGGGGAGAAGAAGGAGGAAGAAGAAGAAGAAGAAGAAAGAGCAGCAGCAGCAGCAGUCGCUGCUACCGCGGCAGAAGAGAAAGCAAAAGCCGCGCACGGCUCGGUGCCGCCCGCGCCGGCAUCCGCGGGGCUGCGCGGGGCUGCGCUCCGUGGCCAUGGCCCGGGAGAACGGGGACGGUGGCGGCUCCUGGAAGAAGCAAGCGGAGGACAUCAAGAAGAUCUUCGAGUUCAAGGAGACGCUGGGGACGGGUGCAUUCUCUGAAGUUGUUUUGGCUGAAGAGAGAGCAAGUGGGAAACUCUUUGCAGUCAAGUGCAUUCCCAAGAAGGCACUGAAAGGAAAGGAAAGCAGCAUAGAGAAUGAAAUUGCAGUUCUGAGAAAGAUCAAGCAUGAAAAUAUAGUUGCCCUGGAAGACAUCUAUGAAAGUCCAAACCAUUUAUAUCUGGUCAUGCAAUUAGUGUCUGGGGGUGAACUUUUUGACCGCAUUGUGGAGAAAGGGUUCUACACCGAGAAGGAUGCCAGCACCCUGAUCCGGCAGGUCCUGGAUGCUGUCUACUACCUGCACCGAAUGGGCAUCGUGCACAGGGACCUCAAGCCUGAGAACCUGCUUUACUACAGCCAGGAUGAAGAGUCAAAAAUCAUGAUCAGUGACUUCGGAUUGUCAAAGAUGGAGGGUAAAGGAGAUGUGAUGUCCACAGCCUGCGGGACUCCUGGCUAUGUUGCUCCUGAAGUGCUGGCCCAGAAACCCUACAGCAAAGCCGUGGACUGCUGGUCCAUUGGGGUCAUCGCAUACAUCCUGCUGUGUGGGUAUCCCCCUUUCUACGAUGAAAAUGACUCCAAACUCUUCGAGCAGAUCCUAAAGGCAGAGUAUGAGUUUGACUCUCCAUAUUGGGAUGACAUCUCUGAGUCUGCUAAAGACUUCAUUCGGAAUUUGAUGGAGAAAGACCCUAAUAAAAGAUACACCUGUGAGCAAGCAGCACGGCACCCUUGGAUCGCUGGGGAUACAGCGCUCAACAAAAACAUCCACGAGUCGGUCAGCGCUCAGAUCCGGAAGAACUUUGCAAAAAGCAAAUGGAGACAAGCGUUUAAUGCCACAGCUGUCGUGCGGCACAUGAGGCGGUUACACCUCGGCAGCAGCCUUGACAGCGCGAGCGCCAGUGUGUCCAGCACCCUCAGCCUCGCCGCGCCGCUCCCCGACGCAGCCACGCGGAAAGAUUGUAUGUCUCCAUCCACUCUCUGUAGUUUUGUUUCAUCUGCUUCUUCAGGCGUUUCUGCGGUAGGAGGGGACCGGAGACCCAGACCCACCACAGUGACCACAGUGCACACAGGGAGCAAGUGAGAGCCGGGGCAGCGAGGAGCAGGCAGGCGGCGGGGCUGGCAGGUUGCCCCUGCACGUCCCACCCCGCAGUGCUCGCUCAGCGAAGGACUAGAAGAAAGAAGAUUUUUUAUGGCCAUAUUUUAUACUGCAAAUUCUAAAAUGUUUCAUUUAUCACAAACUGCAAUGACUCCAGGGGGAACGGAUCUAACAGUCUCUGGUGCUGUACAUACAUAUACAUAUAUAUAUAUAAAUAUAUAUAUGUGAGUCUAGCGAUGUUCUAACCAAUGAACACUCAUUCUUCUCCCCAGUGAUUUACUCUUUUUCUCAGUGUAGGUAACAAUAUAUGUUGUAUUUUUUUUCCAUUAACUACAAACAUCUCAACUGGAUUAUUUAAAUAGAGAUACUUUUCUGAGCAUUAUAUAUAUAUUUUUCUUUUAAAAAGUACUUCCAGUAAUGUCCCUCCUUCCAGUUUGCUGGGGGAUAGGCUAUUUCUGUAGGUAGGAAUUGACGUUACCUUUGCAACAUGGGAGGAUUUCAAUGGCAUGCCAUUUCUUGGUCUUCAAAUUGGAGUGCAAGUCUGUCUGGCUUUAGCAGGGCUGUUACUGUUCAGAUUAAAGAACUGCUGCUUUCCCUCCCCUCCUCCUCCUUGAAAGCCAUGGUGAGAGUUAAAUUGCCACCAGCUGGGAGCCAGCUCAUGUUUGGCCUCAUUCCUGUAGUGCUGGUGAUCUGCAGCACCCUUGUUUCAGAGGAGAGGCGGAUAGACGGUGCUGGUCAGGAGCUGACCAGAGCUGAGCAAAAGAAAUGCAGAGCACAGUCUCAUCCUGCAGCUCCUCUCUUCUCCGAGUCACUGUGUGUUAUGAGCAGGGUGAAAGAAAAGGAAGAUGUGGGGCUAAGAGCCAUAUUCAUCCCCUGCCGGUAACUCAUUUGCCCUCCAGCAAGACAUUUAAUUCACCAGCCUCCUCCCAGCCUGGCCUCUGGUAUGGGGCACAUCCAGUCUGCGGGCUCAACGCCAGAGGUGCUGAGCACCUGCAGCUCGUCAGGGCUUUGCCUGGCGUUGCCGAUGCUCAGCACCUCCCAGAGAGGCCAAAACUGGAUAUUGAAACCAAACAGAAAAGUUUGGACCUUAAUCUCUGCAUGCCUGGUUUCACCCCCAGGCGAGGGGUGAUGCUUGCACCCCUCUGUGAAGCACUGGCAGGUUCUUGGGUGCAAAGUGCAAGAUAAGGUGUAGCGUUGCUCCAUCACACCUAGCUCUGAGAGCUGGCAAGGAGCACUGAGCAUGACCUCACCAAAAGGCAUGAGCACAUGCAGGGACAGUGGUGGCACUGCCUCCUCCUCCUCCCUAAAAGCUCAUAGACAAAAGCAACCUCAAUUUCCCUGUUAAUUACUAGGUACAUGCACUUCCCAGGCUCCGUGUGCUGGUGCAUCGGUCAGGAACAGCCACUGUAACUGUUGUGCAGCCGCGCAUUAAAGCAGCAUGAAACAGAGAGGAGAGAAAAUCUGCCUAGAAGGGUUCCAGGUUACUUCUGUGCCAUUCCCAGCUGUGAUUUUCCUUCAAGGAGGAGAGAAGAGAGGCAGGCAGCAGAGGCAGGCGCCUUUCCCUAGCUGCUGUGAGCCUCUCGCACCCGAGACAGGUCUAAUCCCUGCCAUUCCCUGCAGCAUGCUCUUACUGCCAUGCUUGCCUCAUUUAUCCUGCACAAGAAAUUGAGAAAGUUAACCACAGACGCAGCUGAAUACAUCAGACAAUAGUGACCAUGCUGGGAAAAGCUGUAAGAUACGCAUUUUUCAUCAAGACUUCAAAAUCCUGCUUCAUCUUCUGUCAGUUGGCUUCAACUGGCAGAGCCAGGAUUUCAUCUAUCAUACUUUGAGUGCUAAAAGCUGGAAAAGCAGGUUGCAGUGAGCACUGACUCUGUUUGAAAUAGCCAUUCCUUUUGUGCCACUUAGACCUGUUAUACCAAUUAGAUCUCUAAUUUCCUCAGUAUUAAGCUGCUCCCCAUUUUUGGAGGGCUGUGGCAUAUCUGAGUGAGCCUCUGGGAGCCCUGGGUUCCCCCCACCAUGUUGCAGAUGGCAUGGAUGCUCAUGCAGAAAGGUUGCAGCUUCAACUUCUUCACCUCAGAGCAGCCUUCCAAUAUCUGAAGGGGGCCUAUAAGGAUGCUGGAGAGAGACUUCAUCAGGGACUGUAGCGAUAGGACAAGGGAGGAUGGGUUUAAACUUACACAGGGGAGAUUCAGGUUAGAUAUAAGGAAGAAAUUCUUCCCUGUGAGGGUGCGGAGGCGCUGGCACAGGGUGCCCAGAGAAGCUGUGGCUGCCCCAUCCCUGGCAGUGUUCAAGGCCAGGUUGGACACAGGGGCUUGGAGCAAUCUGCUCUAGUGGAAGGUGUCCCUGCCUGUGGCAGGAGGGUUGGAACUGGAUGAGCUUUAAGGUCCCUUCCAACCCAAACCAGUUUGGGAUUCUAUGAUUUUAGGAAAGAUGCCACAUGUUGGUCUCUUGGGGGUUGGUAGCAAAACUCUAUACAAUAUAAAUUCCCUGGUGAGGACUUCUGACCAAGAUUCGGUCACACUGAAGGGCAGGGGAUCUUCUUGCUGCAAGUCUCACUCCUUGUCCCCAUCCCCUGGCCAUUGCCACCAUAUACUCUUGCCCCACUGACAAGGAGUAGGAAGAGCUUGGUUGGUAUUUACCCUUGGAGCUCCUUACAUCUUGCUGCAAGGUGUCUGAAAAGAAUAUAGUACAAUUUAAACUCAUUCUAAGGUGACUUCAUUUUGCCAGCCUCAGUAGGGAAGCUUCAGUUUAGGAGAGUCUCCUAUCCCAAGAAAUUCAAGUUAUUUUGAACCCACAUGAUUUCAUAAGCCCAGCUGGCCCUAUUUGCUCCAGUUGCAGGGAUGUGAAUAGGCAGUCUCCCAGUUUAGCAUCAGUGGAGUUCCCUAUGUUUACACAUGUGCAACCAAAAGCAGGAUUUGGUUAGGGAAUAAUUUGUCAAUGUUGAGUGGUUUUAAAGGUUUGGGUUCAAGCAUUUCCUCUUUGCUUUCUCAUCUGAAACCUGAGGUUUGAACUUGACGCAGUUGCUGAGGCCACUAACCAAAAUACAGCCUCCAAAUGUAUCUUGCAGAAAAAAGGAAAGCGAAUGGAUUUCCAUCUGCAAAACAAAGAGCAGUGGUGGAAGCAAAGGCAGACAUGCUGUCCUGCAGAUGGGGAGGGGUUGUUCCCACAUGCUAUGCUGCCCCUCCUUGCUGGAUGCUUCCCUUGUUUUUUUGUUGGGAGGGGUAUUCUUUCCUUCCACGCUUGGAAUUAGGGUGAUUUGUUUUCCCUCCUGCAAGUAAUAUUCUGCCUUAGUUGUGUAAUAUAUCAUCAUUCCCUUUGGCUUACUAUCAACUGCUGGGAUCUUAAGACAAGAAACAGAAGCACUUAAAAGCAAAAUUGUUUCUUUCUGCUACAGUUCGGGUGGUGGGAAGCUCUGCUUUUGUAUCAGUGAAACACAGCUGGAAUCCUGACUGGGCUUCACCACAUGCUUAGAGAUCUCUCCAGUCAUUGAGUCCUGAAGUAUCUCUUGGUUAAAACUUCUUAGUUUAAGUCUGGGUAAAUCUGUUAACUGCACCCACGCCACAUUUAUGGAGGGGGCAUAGCCUGGUACAGCAAACACUCCAGCAUUGCUUGACAGGGAUGCUCCAGUGCUGCUGCAUGUCCUUCUCCUGCCAUAAUCCACCUCUGCUCAGCCGCUCUCACACGUGAAUGCAAAGCCAGGGGUAAAUAAUGUGUGCAUGUGGGGAAAAGGCUAAAGCCCCAAAGUAGAAUAUUCAAAACAAAUCCCCAACUGGCCUUGCCAUGGAGGUGUAGGUAGAAAAAUCCCUCUGGGCUCUUUCCCAAUGGACUAUCCUACUAAACAAUGUGUGAUUUGCUUCUCACGUGAGGACUUCAGCCUGGACUCACCUGUCUGUCACCCUUCCCUGCUUUACUUUACUGGUACCAAUGUGCUUUUCCUUUGUAACUUCUUUUCCUCAGCUCCUUCCCCUUCUUUUUCUUUGCUUGCAGCUUUGAUUGUUGAUUUUUACCUCCAGAGUCACAGAGGCCAUCUCUGAUGCCAACAGCAGUGCACUUGCUGGGAAAGCAAACAAGCAAACCAAAAUCCAGAAAACCUCCAGCUGGCCCCUUAGCCUGCAGAAGAAGUUGUGAGGACAGGCUGCCCGUGUGAACUCUGCGAGCUGAAAGUCAGUAUUGUAGUGGCAGGGGCUUCUGCUGCUGAUUUUGCAUGUGACUUCAUUCCCAGUACAUCCUAAUUUUCUGCUGGAUCACCCCUUCUGCAGCACGAAAUGGAUAUUGGCCCUGCGGCACGGCUAAGUGGGGAAGUAGGAGUAUAGGGAAAACCUGUCAGUGAUGCUUUCCUGAGACUGUGUUACUCUGCUGGUGAUGUUCUCUUCUGUCCUGGUUGCUAUCGUAGAGGUUCCAUUAGAGUAGUAGGUACAGAAAAAAACAAGUAGGAUUUUACCUAUGCCUUGUGUGUCUGUUAUGGUUGUGGUGCUGAAAUAAAACCAAGCAGUGAUAGAGGUUCAUUCUUGAAAUGAAUAAAACAACAGAAAGGGGUGUCAGCCCACUGGCAGACAUCUCCACAUAGUUCUGCAGUAGGCAGCAUUAGUGGUUUCCACUGUGUAUGUGUCCUGCAUACCUCCACAGCGAUUGACAGUAUUCUUAUUAUACCCACUUCUCCCCUGACGGGCCCUGAGGGACUUUGGGGCUUAUCCAAAGCUUUUCCCAGCCCCAGGAGCCAACACAGCCCUUGAUCUCUGGCUUUUCUCCCCAAAUCCUCUGCAAACCAGAACACGGACCUCCAUGGUGCCCUGGAAAUGCAGUGGCAGCUGACCCUGAGGCUGCCCCUUCCUUAAGUGUGACCAUAUUUUUAGGGAAACAAAUCCCCAGGGAAAGCCAGAUAGCUUCCAGCCAUUGGCAGCCAGCGAGAAUGUUGUCCUUUGAUCUGAACUUGGCAUUGACUAGAUCAGAUAUGGGGAAACCUGUGCUGUUAUUUCCCCCUGUGGUAACAGCUCCAGCCCUGAGCAGAACUGGGUGAGCACUGCAUAAAAACACCAGAUUGACUUUGCCAACAAGAUCACGCAGACUGUAAUCUGUUGCUUUUGCUCUUUCGAAAGAGCCAGGGGAUUCAUCUACUGGCAAAAUAACAGUUUCUAGACUGAACCCUGAGGUGCAGAAGUAGCUUUCUUUCAGCAUAUGGAAAGUCUCAUUUAAUGGGAUUAGUUGCGUUCUUUAUCCCAUGCGUAUUUAUCCAUCUGAAUUGGGGCCUGAAUGCAUCCCAAAAAUUAUUCAUGGGAAGGGAGUUUUGCCUUUGUUAUCAUGCUUAUUUGCACCAGAAACUUGAUGCUAAGUGUUAUACUCAUUCAAGCAAAAAGUGGAAACACACAGAGAGACGGUGGUAUCCAAGGAAAACAGCAUCAAAACCAAGUGCAGAAGAUUAGUUGGCAGAUCCCUGCCAGCAAUGGCUGAGUGAGGAAACAGCAACCUGCUCAUAAACAUUGCAUGAACAGUUUCCCCUGGUAAAUCAGGCAUUCCUUAUUUCUGGCCCAGCAGCAAGUUUUACACAAUCCCUAUAAUUUUCCCCUGCAUCCCCGCAGCUGAGUCCUGCCUUCCCAUCCUGUCUGCUGGGGUGGUCUGGUCUCUGUGACACACUGAGUGCAGCAUGUAUGUGUGUGUGUGUGCGUGUUGUGGCCCCAGGCAUGACAGAUCCCACCGGUGGAACUGGUUCAGGGUUUUUGGUCUGACUUUGCACGGUUGGGUCAAAGCUGUGUAAAUAGUGUUUGUAAUGCAGGAUAAAGGCUCUUUAGCCCAGACUCUGGUUUUCAAGACCUCUUCCCACCACGAACUGUGUCACUGGUUUGUUCAGGUAGAUAUUUUUUCCACCUCUUCAUAAAUGAUAAGGUCAGAAGAGUGGCUCUUACAUUUUUUCCAUGCUCCAGAGUGGAGUCAGGGCAUGUACGCUCGCAAGCGUUGUGAAAAAAAUCACUGCUGAACUAACGAUGACAUCAAAUGUCCAAUAAAUGCAUGAUACUGCACUGCAUGUAUUAAUCUGCUGUUCACUGUUUCUGUAUUUCCCAAGCUUUUUCUUUAUUCACGUUCAACCCAACCUUUUCUUCAAGGGGUUUACUUCUACGUUUUGCUUUUAAAUGACUCAAUGUAUCUGUAACUCUAAAUCCAUUGUUAAGUUUGAGUAAAUGCAAAAGCUGAUGUUUUGUAAACAAGAUAUUGCAAAGCCUGGUAAUGUAUUUUGUCUUUCUGUUGAAUGCUCUGCAGCAUGUACAGGAAGAGUCACCAUCCAGAGCAGCUUAAAACUAUGCAGCAGUCAUGUACACACGUCUAGAAACAGGGAGUCGGGGAGGGGAGGUUCCCUUUUUGGAUACAAUGCUUACAAAUUUGAUUUGCAUCAAAAAUUCCUUCCCUGGGCUGCUAAUGCUCAGGAUUACCAAGCAGCAUGUUGGUGUGUCUCUUUGUUUCCUCUUUUUUCCUUUGGUUUGUUUUUCUUAGUCAAAAUUUAGACUGGUCCACUCAAUUCUCAGUAUAUUUUCUCUUCCUGCAAGAUAUUUCUUUCUCACCUGUUGCAGAAUGAACUGCAUUUUGGGGACCAAGAUGCUGUGAUCUUUUGCCUGCACAAAAUAGGGCAGAGAGCUGAGCUAAUUAUCCCAUCUUUUCCAAAGCAUCACCACUGAGACACUAGCAUUUGAUCCUUGAACCUCUACGUAGUACCACCAUUUAUCCGUGGAAGAGUUUGGGAUGGUAUUUUUCUUUCUUCCACAUGGUAAUCAUGCCGUUGCCUCCUCUUCCCUUAAUCAUUGACACAUUUUCAUUUGUGCUGGUCUUCCUAAGGCAGGGUACAGGAUGGCCACAUGGUACUUAUAGUAGCUCUGGCUCAAUCCUCUUGUGGGCAUCAGGAGGGCAUGGGUCCCAGUUCGUGAGUGGUUGCUGUGUUAGUGUGGGAGAGGAUAAAGUUCCCAAUACUCAAAGCAGAGUCAUCUGAAAGGGCUGGGAAAUUGCUCUGGAUUCUUGGCAAUGACAUGCCAAGCAGCAGGGCUGGAGAGAAAGCGCCUAUGCUGGUGGCAUAGGGAGCAAGUAUCAGUCCUUGGAAAUAACGCAAGGGGCUGCUCCAUGGUGGCUGAAAGCACCAAGAAGCCUUGAGCCCACCUUCAAGGCUGGUGCUCAGCCAAGAUGCUGUGCCAUUGCAGAAGCACUACAUGGCAGCAUGAAAAUCAUCAUUAAUAAUGGCUGUAAAUCAGCCUGAUUUACAAUCUGAGUUCAGAUUGCUGAGGCAGCACGUGGUGCAAGGCUCCAUGAAGAGGUGGACAUGUGCUGUGGUUCUGGGUGGGUGGGAGCUCCAAGGGGGGUGCUCAGAGCAGCUCUGAGCUUUUCCAUCUGUCAUCUGCAUCCCCUGAGUCAGCACAGCAUCACAUAUGCUGUGUCUUACUAGAUCAAGCUGUAGCAUGACCCCCAAAGUGAGGAGCAUGAAAGGUUGUUAGCUCAGUGGGAGAUAUGGUGACCAGACUCAUGUUUCUGGUCAACACAAUGUCAGUGUCCUGUUGUACACUGGCCUCUAGUUAAGAAACAGCAUUUUGGUCAGUUUGGACAUUUUUUAGACAGAUAUUUGAUUUAGGUCAGCAAACAAUGAGAAAAAGCCUGCUCUGCCCAGAGUAGUGACUCCCCAGAUAUCCCCAACAACAAAACAUCUUGAUUUCACUUAAUGAAAACACAAGCAUGUUUUCUACAGAGGCUUAAAUCUUAAUCAAGGAAUGUCAGUGUGCCUAAUAUUGCAGGUCUUGUGAUUGAUACAAGUUCAUAACAGCAUCCAUGUCCAAAAAGAAGGGAGAAUAUGUAUUUACUCCAUGCAUGUUUUAAGGCAUCACAAAAGUUUUAUCUGCGUAAUGAGUUUGCAAUACUGCAAAUUGUUAAUGGGGCUACGUCGCAAGUGGUUCUCUGCCUUGACAAUCAUGUAUACAUAUCGAGAUUUCUAUCAUGAUGACAAUUUAAAGGGAUGACUAAUUGUUUUCCUCCAAUAAAUCCAAUUAAAUCACCCUG